UCUUACGCUCGACCUCUUUCUCACCCUCUUUUACGCAGCGUUACCAGGCGGAAGCGGGCACCCAGCAGGCGGCGAACAGCAGCUGACGGCCGGAGCCAGGUAGCCUGUUCCUGUUCCCCCUCAUCCUUCUCUUCCUCCUUCCACGCCAAUUGCUGCUGCUGCUCUCCUUCUUCUUCCCCAUGGCGACAGAUCUGCUGGAAUCGGCCUGAAUCGAUCCCUGCGGGUUUUCUACCGAUCCCGGCUGAAUUUGGCCCUUAUUCCACACCGGGAUGCAUAUCGUGCUGUAUCGACGUGGAUAAUUGGGGGCGACGUGCCGAGUCCAGGCACCAUAGCCUGCCAUCGAUGAUUAGGUAACUUACUGUUGGAGGAGAUGGACGAUGAGUUUGCUAUGGCCAGUGCAUUAGAUGAGAAAACAGACAACGAUGAUGCUUGUGGCGGGGAUGCCAAAACAAACAUAGUGGAUGAUAGAACUCCUACUGUCGGAAUGAAAUUCAAGUCCUAUGAGGAAGCUUUGGAGUUUUAUAGAGAGUAUGCUCGGCUCGUGGGGUUUAGUGCACGUCUGAAGAGGACGAAUUAUAAUAAGUUUGGCCAAUACCAAUCUGUGGAAUUUAUUUGUUCUAGGGGGGGCAAGGGACGGGCAGAUGAUCCUAGCUACUUGUGUAGGCCUACGGCUAAAACAAACUGUCAGGCCACAAUCCUGUUGAAGUUGCGGGCUGAUGGAUUAUUACAUAUAAAGAAAGCUAUUCUAGAGCACAACCAUCCUAUGGAUCCAUCAAAGAUUGAAUUGAAGAAGCGCAGAAAAAAGAUGUCUUAUGCAUUGCCAAAGCAUGAUGAAAACAAUGGGAAGAUUAUGAUACGAAGACUGAAGAGGUUUCAGUCGCCCGUGCUCAAACUAGUUGAGGACAUACCUUUUGGUGAAAAGAACAUCAGAACCAUGGAUGAAAGAGGGCAUUUGAUGCUUCAUGAUGGCAAUGCUGAAGCUAUUUAUCAGUUCUUUACACAUAUGCAAAUGAAAAAUGCAAACUUCUUUUAUUCAAUGGAUUUGGAUGAGGAAGGCCGCCUGAGGAAUGUAUUCUGGGCUGAUGCUAUAUCAAGGGCCACAUUCAAACAUUUUGGGGAUGUUGUUCUAUUUGAUACAACCUAUCUAACAGGUGACUUUGAUAUACCUCUUUCACUGUUUGUUGGAGUUAACAAUCAUGGCCAGUUGGUUCUGCUUGGCUGCGGCUUGCUAUCAGAUGAGACUGCUGAGACCUACUUUUGGUUAUUUAAGACAUGGUUAGCAUGCAUGUCAAGACAACCCCCAAAUUCUCUGAUAACUGACGAAUGUGAGGCCAUCAAGGAUGCAUUGACGAAGGUGUUCCCAGGUGUUCGUCAUCGUCUAUGUCUUUGGCAAAUAAUGAAGAGGAUCUCACUGCGCUUUAUAGAACAUGAAAAUUGCAAUUCAAUCAGGAAGGCACUGGAGAAGAUAGUCUAUGACUCGUAUGAAACUGAUGUGUUUGAAAAGGAUUGGAAAAACAUGAUUGAAGCAUAUGGACUAGAAGCUAAUGAAUGGCUCAAUUGGUUAUAUGAGAAUAGACAUUCUUGGGUUCCUGUUUAUUUGAAAGACACAUUUUGGGCAGGAUUGUCUUGUAGUGAUCGAGGCACAUGCUUGAGUUCUUUUUUUGAUGGAUUUAUAUAUCCUGAAACUUCCUUAAAGCAAUUUUUGAGUGUUUAUGAGGUUGCUUUACAGAAUAAGUAUGAGAAGGAAGCGCAAGCUGAACUUGAGUCUUUUAACAAAAUCCCAAAUUUGGUCUCUAAAUUUUAUAUGGAAAAACAACUUGUUGAGCUUUACACUUAUAACAAGUUCAAAGAGUUCCAAGAUGAGCUAAAGGCCACAAUGUAUUGUAAUGUUUCCUUGGUCAAAGAGGAAGCACAAAUUUCAACUUAUGACAUUAAGGAGUCUCUUCUAUUGGAAGAUGGUAACCCCACAGAGUAUAGAGAUUUCAGAGUUCUUUACAGUUCAAAUGAACUUGAGGUCCAGUGUUGUUGUGGUUCUUUCCAAUUUAGAGGCAUUUUGUGUAGGCAUGCUUUAUCUGUGCUUAAGUUACAGCAGGUGUAUGAGAUUCCAUCUCGAUACGUAAUUGAUCGCUGGAGAAAGGACAUUAAACUAUUGAAUACAAUAUCUUAUCCCACUGAUGAGAUGGUUGCAAACAAUCGACUGGAGCGCUAUGACAAUUUAGUAAUGAGUUGCCUUCAACUUGUAGAAGUUGGAAUGAUGUCCAGUGACAGAUACCAUCUUGCUCUCAAGAUGAUUGGAGAGGUUGAGAAAUUUUUAUCAAAUGAUAAAAAUUCUGGAAAUGCAAACUUUAUGAUUCUUCCUUCUGAUUCAAGGACACCUGAGAAUGCUGAAAAUGUUGUGCAACACCUGGUCACAUCUGCAGGUCAUAAAAUCCAAAAUUCACCCCAAAUUAAACGGAGAGGUCGGCCACCCAAGAAAAAGGAUGAUCAAGGAACAUUACUGUCCCGAAAUCAUAGUGGGAUCAAUCUAGUCAUUCCUUCUGCUUCAAAUGCAGGGAUAGAUAUUGAUGCUCAGGAAAGCUUGACGCCAAUGGGUGAAAUUAGCCCGAGUGAUUUCUCGCUUGGUUGCCAUUAUGGACCACAAGUGAACCACUCACAUCAAACUAACAAUCAAUCAAGGAUGUCUUUGGGCAGCAUGUUCCAGGGCCAGUUUGACCAACAAGCUGUUGGAACACAACCAAGGAUGCAAUGGAUCUAUCAGCAAAUGCUACAGGAGACUCCGUCGCCAAAUGCACCGAAUGGAUGGACUGGGUAGAAAGGGCACCAGCCACAAAAGACAAGCUGAUGCUCUGUAAAUUCUGCAUGACCUGAGGAGCUGUGCAAACUUUUCUAUCAGAAGUUGGUUCAGAUGCUGGAAUCAUCUAUCCAAGCAUCUGACAUGUUGAUAGGAUGGUUGUUUUUGGAAAGGUGGUGGAAGGCAUCUUAUUAUAUCCAUGCUGACAUUUAUGGAUACAAAGAAUGUUCAUAAGGUGAAUUAUCUUCCACCAAAAUAUUGGAAUUUGGUAUUAUCGGCUGGGUACCCACAUCAUCUGUCUUCUUCAGCUUUCCUACCUUCUAAGCUGACGAUCAUGUGGUAUAAAUGGAUGCUUUGUUUCAUCAUCCAAACAAAACUCGAGGAAAUGAAGUAGAGGAUUUUUCUUUUGAACUCUCCUGUUCUUUGUCUCAUUGUAGCUAGUAAGUUUCGAAAGGUGUGUAAAUAUGUUUACCCAACUCCUCCGAUGAUCUCGUGUGUUCCUACUGUAAUUGCCACAAACCUGCACAUGGUGUCUUGCAGGUAGAUAUAAGUGAUGGUAACAAGUCAAAGAGUAUCUUCUUGGAAUAACAAGCAAUCUUUUUCCCGGAGAACAA